CGUCAGCCUCGUGGCCAUCCUGAUGUGCUUCACUGGGAGAGAAGGGUGAUCGCAGCCAGAGCCCAAGACCGUACGAGGUGCCAGACCCGUCCGGGCGGUCUGUCGGGAGUCUUGGCCUCAGUGAGGGCAGGCUGCUUUUCUGCCUGGUGCCGGCUCUGGUCUCCCGCUCCGCCACUGACUGUCACGUUGCCAUUCUGGGUUUCUGUUUCUCGGUCAUAAAGUGAGCACUGAGCCUGGGCCCAUCUUCUUGUUGCCCCAAGUUCCCAAGCAUGUCGGAAGUAGAAAAAAUCAAAAAGCUCCCCGAGGGACAUGCACCCUCAGAAUCCGUCUCCCUCAUGACCAGACCCCAGAGUCCACCUGCCACAGUGACUUCUCCUGCCUCCGGCUUCCAUACCAGAGCUACCAGUACUUCUUGUGGACGUGGCGGGGGUGCCCAGGGAGACCAGCCAGACAUUGAGGUCAAAGUUGAGUUUGUAAACGUAGAGGAGACGGCCAGCAGUGGCCACAGGAUCACACCCUCUGGCUCCCAAAAGGGGAGUGAGAGGGAUCUGCUCCCUCGGAGGAAGAGACCCCGCCUCCUCCCCAAGGGCUCUUCCAUCCCCUCACCUGACCAAGUUUUCCUGGAGGAGAAGGAGCAAGGUGCCCUGGGCCUACGCAUCUGUAGCAGGAAGAGGAGAGCCUGCUCCCAGUGGAGGCCUGGUUUUUACUCAGCUGCCUCCCGUGCAAAGAACCAGGCCAGCCCGGGGCAGAACAAGCCAAAGGGAGACUCUGAACCAUGUGUCCUGAAGUCCGUGCUGGGUCAGGAGCCCUCUGUGCAGCCUAAGAAGAAGGUGUGCAAGCAGAAGGCCCGUGGACCGAGAGGGGUGAGGCUGCGAGCAGGAAAGAAGUCGAGAGACCCAGUGCUCAGCCCUGGCCUGGCCCCUCCCACCCCAGUGCCGGUGCAGGCCACCAGUCUGGACAGGUCAGCAGUGGGCCAGCCUAGUGAGAGUGAGGAGACAAGGCAGGCUGACGUCCUCAUAGCCUCUCUGGACAGAGAGAUGCGACGCCCCAAGAAGUGGAAGAAGAGGCAUUCGCUUCCUCGUGGGGGAGAGAAGUCAUCCCUGCUGAGCUCCCAGAAGCCACCGGGCCUGAAGAAGCGGGUCAGAACUGUAAAAGAGACCAAGGGCUGGGCUUCUCGAGGGUGUUGCCUGGGCCCUCAGGACACCACAGGUCAGAUGCUCACACUGGACGUCAGACAGUUCUUUACCACCGACCGUGAGAACAUGUGCCACGUCUUCUGCACUCUGUGCCACACCAGCAUCAGGCACGGCCUGGGGAGGGAAGGGCCAGUUACAGCCGGCUCGGGAAGGGAAGGGGCAGGGGCAGUGGGGACGCAUAGGCGUCUGUCUGCAGGUGCCCCCAGCCUUGUCCAGGAGGGCAUCUCGCCUUCAGGACACUGCCCGAGUGACUCGCUGUCAGAAGAUAAUGACAGGCAGUUGGCCCCGGCUAGAGUUGAGUGGCUCUUCCUGGCUCCACCACCUCUGCCUACUCCCAUCAGAUACAGACCCACUGCUCCCCCAGUGGCUGUCGUGGGGGAUCAAGAGGGCCCGUGUGCUCCCAGCCAGCCCCGCUCCCAGGCCUGGAACCGGAGCAUUGCGGAGUUACUGUGCAGCUUGGCGUUGCCACUCUCCUUCCUUUCGUCCCCGCCCUUCAGAAGGUUUAUGGCCCAGGUUGACCCUGACUACUGUCUGCCGCCUCCAGCCGCUUUCUCCGACGAAGCCUUGCCUCUGCUCCACGAGGUGGUGGGCGAGCAGGUACGCCAGGAAAUGCAGCAGGCUGCGGGCAGCCGCGUCCACCUCACCAUGUCCACGGCAACCCAGGACGUAGUCAUGCAGGACUACGUGGCCCUUACUGCCCACUGGGGGGUGAUGCAGCGCGGUAGCUGGCAGGUGGUAUCAGGGAGCUCGAGGAAGCAAGCCGUGCUCUGGGUCCGAGGCCUGCCCCCGGAGAGCACUGCGGAGGACAGGCAGCGGGAGCUGCAGGAGCAGGUCAGACUGUGGCUAGGCCAUGGCUCUCUGCAACCCGGCUUCCUGGUAUCGAGCGGCUGCCCCGGCCUAGAGCCCACAGUGACGAUGGAGGGCUACACCCACAUCCCUUGCUUUGCCCACUGCCUCAACUCUGUAGUGGGGAACUUUCUGUGUCACCAUCACAGUGUCCAGAUCAUCCUGAGCACAGCCAGGGCCAUCUGCAGCCAUUUCCAAGGCUCUGCGGAGGCCCGGCGGCUCCUCAUGCAGCUGCAGCGGCGGUGCGGCCUCCCGACCCAUCAGCCCUCCUGGGCGCUCUCAGACCACUGGGCCUCUGCCUACCGCCUGAUGGAGUGGCUGGUGGAGCAGCAGCAGCCGCUGCGGGAGUACGAAGCGAAGCACCACCUGGGGAGUGCUGGCAUGGGCCUCUCAGCCACGUUUUGGAGCCUGACAAACAGCCUGGUCAUGCUCCUGCGACCCUUCCAGAUGGUGGUCCAGGAGGCGAGCGCACCGCAGGCCUCUUUAAGCCAGGUGCUGCCGCAGCUGCGCUACCUGCACAUCUUCUUGGAGCAGGUUCCCGCACACUUUGAGGAGCAGGGCAGCGGGGAGGCGGGUGCAGCCAUCCGGCUGGCCAGGGGCUUGGCCCUGCAGCUCUCCACAGACUGCCAGCUCAGCGAGCUUUUCUACCAUGAGGAGUUCGUGCUUGCAACUCUGUUGGACCCCCGCUUCAAGGGCCAGCUCGAGGCCAUCCUGCCCGUGGGGGCCGACAUUGACCACUGGAUGCAAGUUCUCGUUUACAAGGUGAAGGAGAUUAUGGUGUCCGAAUACUCUUUUCCUCCCUCACCCUUCCUGCAGAGCCCCAAGGCUGUGAGUGGGGACACCACCCAGAGUGGCAGAAUAGCCAGGGGCCCCAGGGCUAAGAGGAAGGGCCACAAAGACCCCGUGCAGAGAGGCAGCAGCCCUGGGUGUUCGCUGCUAGGCCAGGGGGAGAAGAGCUUGCUGGAGCAGCUGGAGAGUGUAGGGCUGGUGGCGUCCCAGAGGAGCGGAGCCUCGCUCUCCACUGAGAACCACCUGGCCACAGUCAUCGUCAGGAAGUACCUACGUGAGAACAAGCCAGUUGGUGCCCAGGAGGACCCCCUGGCGUACUGGGAGAAGAGGCGGGCAGUCUGGCCAGCCCUGGCAAGACUGGCCACCAUGUAUCUGUCCUGUCCCGCUACCAGUGCCUCUUCUGGGAGUGUCUUGGCCUCCCUGGAUAGCCCCACCAUCGUGGAGAACAGCUCCCCUCUCCCAGUGGAAACAGUUGAGCAUCUCCUCUUCUUGAAGACCAACCUGGACAAUUUCCCCAACUACACCUCCUCCCCUCCCACACGCCCCGGCGGAGGCAUGGCCGAGGUGGGGCAGACCAGGGAGCCGGGCCCUAGGGUCUGAUGCCCUCACAGUCUUCCUGGAGGAACUUUGCCGUAGGUGACGGGAGAGAGCAGAGUGUCGCACCUGGGGUAUCAGACAGGCGGCAGCCAGAAUCUUAGACCUUUUUGGGAAGAAUGGGGACAGUUUCUCAACUCUUACAGAUUGUCUUACUUUUUUUCAGGGAGGUGGCAUUUUCCAUCUACCCAUUGCUUUAUUUUUAAAAAAUGUUUUUGAAUGUUUUUUUAAUUGGUUUUAAAGAGAGAAACAUUGAUUUGUUCUACUUAUUCAUGCAUUCAUUGGUUGCUUCUUGCAUGUGUACUAACUGGGCACUGAACCUGUCACCUUGGCGUCAUGGGACAAUGCUCUUAAAAACUGAGCUGCCUGGCCUUAAUUUAUCUCCAGCACUGCGUGCAUAGAAAAGGUGUAUUUUGCCCCUAAGUGAGCGUGAGUUGUACCAUAGAGUUUUAUAAGCAGUAACACUCUUCUGAAAUGUUGGUGGGCAUUAAGGGCCCUGCAUGCAGCUUGUCCAUCUGCGUCAAGGUACCCUUAGAGGUCUGCUUUCUCCUGGGACAGGGACAAGAGGAAGCAUGGCUGCCGGCACGUAUACUCAGUGGGGUGUAUACUCAGCCACCUAGAACCUGGGUGAGCUGUGAGAGCCCUUUCGGAAAUUGUUUUCACUGUGGAAAGAGAAACCCCCGGCUAGAGGAGCCAUUUCAAGAGGAUGUGUGUGCACGUGCACACGGGAACACAUCCGUCCUCUUAGGGCCUGUGGUUCUCGGUGGGUCCCGGUCCCGGAGUGGCCGGGGAACUCCUGAUUGAUAGGACUGCCCGGCUAGCGAGGGACAGUGACGCUGAGGUACGCGGUCUCCGGACCGUUCUUACCUCCAGUUUGUCCCCAGACUGCCGGAGGCCCGGGCUCCUUCCUUCCCACGGCAGUAGCAGUCUUGGGAAGAGCUCCCACACUCCCCCAGGCGCUCGGUGGCUGAGUGUGCGGCCCACCUGCAGCGCCCACACCUCCCCUCCUCCCCGGCUGCUUUCAAAGGGCAAACCCCCUACCUGGAAGCGAGAAAGGCUGUGUCUCAGACUGGUUCCUGUGGCGCAGAGCGCACAGGGUCCAGGGCUGGUGACUCCAGGUGGGAGAAGGCCUUUGCCCCCACAGGACCCGAAUCUGGCUCUCCCGAGGGGCUGGGUCACCAUGACAGGCGGCUCUGGGGGGGCGGGAAGGUAGGUGGAGGCUGGGUGAGCCCCUCAAGGCCUGACUUGCACUUUGGCUGUUGGGGUGAACCUGGAGGCCUGUCCCCACCACGUCUCCUGGAGGGGUUGUCAGUCAUGUGUCACUAAGACUGAUUCACUGCAGGACAUUUGGAAGUUAAUGAGAACGUCAGGAAGCAGGAAUAACCAUAAUCCUUUCAUUCAGUCUCUGUGAAUACAUUGACAUACUUCCUUUAUCUUGAGAUUAUACCUGCUGGACUAGUUA